CAAUGAUGCAAGAAAUUGGUGAAGAAUUUAAUUCACAAGAACUUUAUACUUACAGUCUAAGCAGUAUUCUUGAUGAAUAUCUUAAAGGUUCUCAAAUUCUUCAAAAUUCUGAUAAUGCGAAGAGCACUGAACAAAUCUUCAUAUUGAAUCAUAAUACUUAUCCUUCAAAUCAUUUAAUCAAUUCUAUUUUGAGUAAUUAUAAAAAGUUUAAUUUAAAACUUGAUAAAUAUCAAGGUCCUGCCUUAUUAUUGAAAAAUAAUUUAAAGUUUGCCAAUAGCGAAAAAUGUAAUCAAUUUAAUAAAAUUGGAGGUAAAUUUUUCUUAAAAGUAUUUUAG